CCUAAUUAAGACGAAUGGAAUUCUCUAUCUAUACGAUAACUAAUACACCGAGGCUAUAUAUCCUAAUGUCGAAACAUAUUUCGCGCACAAAUUUUACGACGAUGUCGCGGUUUGUGCUCAUUUUUGUCAUCGGCGUUGCCACCCUGGCCGUUUCAUCGGCCAGACCGGAAAACCGUCUCGUCAACGCGGAUGUUGCGGAGUAUGGAAGAUAUCCGUACAUGGUGUCUCUACGCGUGGGCACUAGCUUUGCCCAUACUUGCGGAGCAGCCCUUGUAACACCCGAACACUGCGUCACCGCUGCUCACUGCGUCGCCAACAAUGUUCCAGAGGCGGUCGAUCCGAGCGCAAGAUUCGUCGUUACAGGCCACUUGAGCAACGUUUUCGGAGGACGGGUUACGCAAUUGUCGGAAGUGCGAAUACAUCCCGAGUACGAUCCCAGCAACACUUGGGAAAAUGACAUUGCAGUAUUGAAACUCGCUACACCAAUUCCGUACACUGCUACCGAACAACCGAUACCCAUCGCAAGUGCCGAUGUCGACGUUCAGGAUUGCGACAUUUCCGGGUGGGGUCGACACCACAUGCCUUCUAACACCUUGCCGAGUCAACUGCAGUCCGGAGUAAUGGCUACUAUGACUCGCGAUACAUGCAUCCAGUACUGGGCAUCUUCGAUGAUAUUCAACUCCACUCUGUGCGUGGGUGGCGUGAGAGGGAACGGCGUGUGCAGUGGUGAUUCUGGCGGUCCUCUCGUCUGUAACCGAGAAUUGGCUGGAGUUGUGUCGUGGGCAAAUCUCUGCGCCAACGGCUUACCGGAUGGCUUUGCACGAGUAUUCUACUACCGCGAUUGGCUCUUAGAGGAAACCGCCGAUCUGAGCGAUCUCGGCAGGUUCUACAUGGCCGAGGCUCGCCAAGCUGCGGAGAAAUUAUAAUGGCCGUCUUCACUUUUAUAUACGUACCCACGUACGUCUUAUAAUUAACCACACUACGAAAAUGACGAGAAGAGCAGGACAAGCUUAAUGGAAAUGACGAUCACGUAUAAUUUGUUCGUUUCGCAGUCAUGCGAAAAGAAAACAUGCAGUUGAAUCUUGAAUAUAAAUGUCAAUUGGAUUAAAAAUCAAAUAAGAAUCAGGCGAUUCUCACGCGAUAAUGACAAUUGUGUGAACUAUCCUCUUAUAACUCCUGCUUCUUCUUCCUUUUGAUACGCUGUUUCCCCGUAGGAAAAUAUCAGUAUGUCCAAAUCUUCCUAACACAUGCAUCGAUACGAGUAGUGAAAGCAGCUUCACACCCCUUGAGUCAGUGAAAAAUUACGCUUAUAUAAUGUCGUAGUCAGGUAAUGGGAAUACAUCAAAUUACAAAUGUGAUAUCUUUUUUAUCGUUGUAAAGGUGUAUAGAAACUUGAGUCACACAGUGGCGUGAUAAAACUGCGUUAAAAUUGAGUUUCAGAAAAAUUUCUCGAUACGCGUGUUAUAUCAAGAGCUAAAAAUAUUUAAUAAAAUCAUGCGAACUUACGGGUCAAACUCAUGUGGCCCAAGGCCCGUAAAGCUGGUGAAAUCGAACUGCAUCUGAAUAUUCGCGCAUCGUGGCUGAUAAGAAAACACAAUUCUAAACAUAAGGUGUACGUAAUGUCGGCACAACCAUUACGCCCCCAAUUACAACGUAUGCGUGCAGACAUCAGCAGUUGCCAAGUAUAUAAAAAGUGUGACGGGUUCGAGGACACGCACUAGGUGUUCAGUUUCUACUUUGUCACUUUGUCGAGGAAUUAUCCUGGAUGGUUAAACUGAGAAUGGCGAGUAACUUGUAUCGCAUCUUCGUAGGAGUCACGGUGAUCUCGAUCCUCGUGUUCGCAAGUAUUUGCGAGGCAGAUGGUAAUUCUAAUGAACCAAAUUCAGUCGGCAUUGACAACGAUAAAACAGGUAUGACGGAGUCCAACAGCUGGUGGAGUGUCGGCUCGAUUUUGUGGCUGGCAAAUUUUUUCAUGAAAUCCUUUAUAGGGCAGACAUUACCCUGCACCGUGUGGUCCAUUGUACCGAUUGAAAUUUCUUGCGCAUAUUUAUAGGCUAACGAGAUACCGGAUGCCUGUUAACUUACUUCGGAACUUUGGUGAAUUACUUCCUUUACAUUGUAUGCGAAUAUUUAACAGACGAGAGGAUCAAUAAUUGUACAGACAGUCGCAUGUAAUACACACGCAGAAUGUAAAUUGGGCAUUUUUAAUGUUCAUAAAUAAUGCGCUGGUAAUUAUGCAACGUACAAUAAGAACUUAGAUGUAGUAUCCCAUCUUCAUUUGUCCUAUUACUGGAAACAGUCAGAUUUUAAUUGGCGUAAUUUCACACUCCAUUUCACCGUGGAAAUAAAAUAUUACAGCUACUCUCGAGGCUAAGUUGUUCGACUAAUUCGAUGGAAAAUAAUAUGUAUUUCGUUGAAUGAAUAAUUCAGUUUUAAAUGACAAUCCAUUCGCUGGUAGAGAGUUUUGUAAUUGUAACAUGAAACACCAAAAAAUUUAUAUAAUCCGGAAAAAUAUUGAAACGUUCCAGCUCCCCUUUUCGUCGCUUCGGCUUGUGUUAUCAGCUUGUAGAUAUUCGUACGACACGAAGAUGUAACGUUAAAUUUAAGCGAAUGCCAUGUAUGUACAGAGUAUACCAAUUAGUCAUAUCAGGUAUUUUUUUCAGUGUGUACACAAGUUUUUUUCUCCCUUUUAUUGAUCAUAGUUGUAACAACGCGCCAACUUAUGUCGGUAGGCGCAAACAAGGCCGAUCGCUUAAUUUUCGUUUUCAAGAACGUAUAAUUUACGCAUAGAGUUUUUGCAAGUUCCUCCGAAAUGCUCGACUGAAUUCCCAGCCGCAGAAUUCGAUACCGUUCAAUCUUGAAAUACGAGUAUGAUCAAACUUUUGACUCUCCAAAGGCUUGUGUACCUUGGGCUUACUAAUACAACGGUAUCUUUUGCCACAAGAGAGGGGAUUGCCAUCGGCUUGUAAUCAUCGGUUUCCACUCUCCUGCAGCAGAAGUGACUCGCCCCUAGUCGCAACGAUGUCGAGAAGGGGGCUAAUUUUGCUCGGCAUUUUUCUGACAAUCCACUGUAUAUUUCCGAAAGUCUCUGCUGAUCAUAGAACCAGUUCCUAUGCCGGGGACAAUCGAUCCGUCGCUCUUAAUACGAGUACCAACAAGCUGCAGACGACGAGCAAUAACGAUGAGGGCCACGACAACCACCGCGGUAUACUUGUCAGCAUCCUCAGAAUGCCGUUGGUUCUGUUCUGUCGCCUACUGGCCUGGGGACAUAUGGGGAUAAUCAGAAUUAUAACUGCGAUCCAACGUCCUUUGAUGAACCUCGCAGGCCGGAUAGUGUCGAACAUAAGUGAAGCUGCGUUGGUUGAGGGCUGGAAGCUCACGAAGAACUUCAUGCUACCAAAAUUGGACGAAUUUGCCGUGACCCUUGCGCGUCAGGGAGCACUACCUGAGGGUCUGACGGCCACAAUAAUGUCGUUGCAUUCCUUGUACGGAAUGUUGAAAAUUCUUGGAUUUUUGUAACCUGUCUAGCCUCGAGAAAAUAUUCCAAAACGUACAUUUUCGUUUGUCGACUGUGUCAACUGUGCACAACAGUUUCAACGGGUCUUUGGCAUUCGAGUGUAGACGAUCUUCCACCAUACUAUAUAAUGUGCGAUAUACAGCUAGUACACCUCUACUUUAUGACGUUAUAUAAAUACGUCUGGGCGUUUGAAAUUA